CUCUCAUUUCACACUCUUCAUCUCCACUUCCUCUUCUCGAGCUUGCGAAACCCUAGCCAAAUCCGCCCACAUUGUCGACGAACUCUGAGAAAUCACAGCAAAUGGACGCAAUGGAAGUAGGUUUAGGCCCUUCCGUGGAAUCUGUGGCGGCGAAAGACCUUAACUGGGCGGCGGGGCGGGUGGAGAUCGACACCUCGGCGCCGUUCGAGUCAGUGAAAGAGGCUGUUGAUCGAUUCGGUGGCAGCGCUCUCUGGAAGUCGCAGCUCAAGAAUCUUUUCUCUCCUGAGAAACAUGAUCAAUUUGAUGAGGCUGAUGCCAUGAAAGUCGAAGAACAAGCUGCACGCAAAUUGAGAAGGAUCUUAUUAUGAAGGAAAAGGAAACUCUUGAUGUUUUAAAAGAGCUGGAAAUGACCAAAAAGAUUGUUGAUGAACUCAAGCUGAAAUUA